AUGCCCUGGCCAGUGUCCGAAAUACCAAACGCUUGCACUGAGCAAGCUGCUAUCGUCGAGAAGACCACAUUGGACAAGGAGAAAGAGGUAAAGGUAGCGCGAUUGAAGAGGCGGAUUAAGGACAUUCUCAACGAACUUCCGCGAGAGCGAAGAGCGAACAGCGGUCAGGAGUACGAGUUCUGGAUCGUGGAAAACGGCGGCCAGAAGAUCGCUGAAAUCCGUCUUGCAGGCGCGAGGCGGCCAAUCAAGGAAGGUACAGCUGCGCGGGACGUAGUGACCGCCUACGAAAAGCUAUUGGAGAAAGUCGAAGCCGAGAAGUCAUCCGAACAGUAA